AAACGGAGGCCGCCCGGGAUCAGGCGGGGUCUUCUGUGAGGAAUCCAGCCGAGCGGCGAGCUGAGGGAGUGUGCGCCGGAGAGCAGCGCGGGAGCGCAGAACCGGCCCCGGUGCCCGCUCCGCUUGGCGGGGGGAGGAGGGGGAACACCACUCCUGCCGCUGUCUCCGGGGGCGGCGCGUGUUCUCCCUACAGCACCGGUGCCAGUACCUCUGGCUGUGCCGAGGGUUCGUGACGGCCGAUGCCCCCGCGCUGUGGCUCUCAGGAGAGCCGAGAUGGACGCGGGCGAACGCCGAGGGGGCAGCGCGGAGCACGGCGCCGGUCAGUGCCCGGGGACCGGGCGGGAGCCGGCGGGCGCUCGGUGUACGACGUGUGCGGGAACCGGCUCCGGCGGGACGGAGCUCCACAGCCCCGAGUCCGGCGGCGGCUCGGCCGCCGUCAAAGCCAACAGUGAGCAGCUGAAUUGGAGGCAGUCUCACAGAGAUCUGAUGAUGAUGAUCCAAGAAAUGAAAAGGUGUUUGCCUGAAGAGAAAAGGAAUUCCAGCAAGCCCAGCACCAUCAGUGCUCUCAACUAUGCCUUACAGUGUGUUCAGCAGGUCCAAGCAAACAAUGACUUUUUCCAGGCUCUGAAUGACCGAAGAGCGUUUCAGACCGAUGUGGUGACAUACAGCAUAGAAGAGUUGGUGGCAGCUGCAUCUGAACACACUCCAAAAAACACUGACACAUUUGUGGCUGUAUUUUCUUUGCUUUCUGGACGCAUAGUGCAUAUUUCUGAGCAGGCAGCAUCUAUCCUAAACUACAAGAAGAAAGUGUUGGAGUCUUCCCGGUUUGUAGAGUUGCUUGUCCCUCAGGAUGUGAGUGUGUUCUACGCACACACUGAUCACUCUCACCUGCCACUUUGGAACAUGGAAAGUGAAACAGCUUCUCUGUAUGAAUAUGCCCGGGUGAAAUCCUUUUUCUGCAGGAUCAGGGGUGGUAAAGAUCAAGAGCAAGAAACACGUUGUUACCCCUUCCGAAUCACCCCAUACUUGGUCCAUGUGUGUACUUCUGUCCAUGUGGAUGCAGAGUCCUGCUGCUUAGCUUUGGCUGAGAAAAUUCACUCUGGAUAUGAAGCUCCUCGAAUUCCUAUGGAUAAAAGAAUCUUCACCACCACUCACACCCCUGGAUGUGUUUUUCUGGACAUAGAUGACAGAGCAGUGCCUUUGUUGGGUUACUUACCCCAAGAUUUAAUUGGAACAUCCAUACUGAUGUAUUUGCACCCAGAAGAUCGUCCUUUGAUGAUUACUAUUCACCGGAAAAUACUGAAAUUUGCUGGCCAACCCCCUUUUGAACAUUUACCUAUUAGAUUCUGUACUCAAAAUGGGGAUUAUGUUAUACUGGAUACCAGCUGGUCCAGUUUUGUGAAUCCUUGGAGCAGGAAAGUAGUGUUCAUCAUUGGCCGCCACAAAGUCCGGACAAGCCCUCUGAAUGAAGAUGUCUUUGCUGCAAGAAGUAAAGAAACAAGCAGUGUGGAGAAAGAGAUAAGAGAAUUGCAAGGACAAAUUUACAAACUGCUUCUGCAGCCAGUUCACAGCAAUGUUUCCAGUGGUUAUGGAAGCCUUGGAAGCAGUGGCUCUUAUGAGCACUAUAUCAGCAUAGCUUCUUCAAGUGACUCCAAUGGGAAUUGUACAGAGGAAAUACAAGAACCAAUGACAUUGCAACAAGUUUGUGCAGAUGUGAACCGAAUAAAGAAUCUGGGACAGCAGCUAUAUAUUGCAUCAAGGAGCAAGCCACAGAAUGGAAAUGAACAGGCUGUGAGCUCAGAAGUGCUAGGAGGGAAGAGGCACACUGCUUCCUGUUUCCUUCAGACGUUGAGAAGUGAUAGCACAGAAAAACCAGGCAACACAUUUUAUGAUGAUCCAAAGAAGACUCUGCAUAUUCCCUCCUAUCAGCAGAUCAAUUGUGUCGAUAGUAUCAUCAGAUAUCUAGAGAGCUGCAGUAUUCCAGCAUUGAAAAGGAAAUGUAAAUCUUCUGCAAAUAUAUCAUCAUCAUCAUCUUCAGAAGAUGACAAACAAGUCCAGAAAAGUGAGCAGGAAGUCCAGGCAUUGGAAGUAGAUACUGCUAUGCUGUCAGCAGUUAAGUCCCACACUCCAAUAUCUGCUGGUCUGGAAGAGGCCUUGAAAGACCAGAGAACUGCAGGCAUGGUGGGAGCUCCUCUGGCAGACCUGACCCUGUCCAACAAGGCUCCAAGUGUGGUGUCUGUCACCAGCCAGUGCAGCUACAGCAGCACUAUAGUGCAUGUGCCACAUCCUGAAUCAGAAGUGACUACAAUGGAGGAUACUGCUGUUGGAAGUGAACAAAUUGAACUGCCUCCUGUAAAUGCUCAGAGUCCUUCUAUGUUGCCUGAGGACUUAAAGCCAGUUGGGCUAACAAAAGAGACAUUGUCAGCCCACACUCAAAAGGAGGAACAGAACUAUGUUGACAAGUUCCGACAGAAGAUCUUGCUUUCUCCAUUUAGGACUUACUUUCAACAAAGAAGCAGAAGUAACAACAGACAUUCCUGUGGCCAAGGAGAUUCCCCUUCAAAGCAGAUGAGCCCAGCUAGCUGUAAAAAAGGCAGACAUGGAAAAUUCAAGCGCCAGAAACUUCAGAGACAUUCCUCAGAUAGCCAGUCUUCUAGUAAAAAUAGAAAUAACCUUCCAUGUGAGAAGAGAACAAUUCAGAAACAGUUGUUCUCUCCCUCAGAAGUGUCCUCUCUGAGCUCCUCCAGUUUGAAUGUCCAUUCUCCUGUGGGGUUUCCUGUCUAUUUGGAUCCACUCUCUAGUUUUCCAGCCUCUUCUGCAGGAGAGGAACUUGCCCUUCACUCAUUACAACCUGAGUCCUUGUCAGCAUCACAAUUAUGCUGUGAAGCACAGUCAUGCCCAGCCCUUUAUCCCCCAAACAUAGGCACAUUUAUGGCUGUAUUUUUUCAGAGUUUCCCCCCGUAUGUUCAGAUGCCUCAAAAUGUCUUUCUUCCUAACCCUCAGUGCAUUUAUCCCCCCUCUUCAUAUCCAUGCACAGCACUACCUCCAGCCCCCCCUCCUUGUGCACCAUCACCCCUAGCAGCACACUCAGUGGAUCAGCCCUUUCCAGCCUCUUUUCACACAUCCAGGGAGGACCAGCAAGAGGGCCAGUGUGACCAGGCCCUCCUGCUGAGCAGCUCACGGAGCAGCUCCCCACUUCAGCUGAAUUUGCUUCAAGAAGAGCUGCCAAAGCCCAUGGAACUUUCUAUUAGUGCUGAUGUUAAACCACAUGCAGAAGAUAAAUGUGACAAUGAUCCAGAAGAUAGUGAUAACAGUGCUUCUCAUGAAUUUCCUGACCACAGUCUGUACAAGGACUCCCAGUUGGGUUCAGGUGCAGCAGCAUCAGGCAGUGGAUCAGCUUUGUGUGGUUCUUUAGGCUCUAGCUUCAAUGAGUCUUCUGUUUGUGGCACAGCAGGUAGUGGGAAAAGCAGAAAGUAUUUUGCCGGUAAUUAUUCUUCUGAAACUUCCAAAGAAGAGAGAAAUCAGGAAGCAGAAGAAAAAGGGACAGCUUAUAAAUCGAAACAUGAGUCAGCCUGGGUGAUGAUGGAUCAUACACCUGAGCGAGUUCUAAUGAAUUACCAAAUGCCAAACAGAAUUAAAGAGGAAGUUUUAAAGCAGGAUCUGGAGAAGCUGGCAGUCAUGCGAAAGCGGCAGCCUUGGUUUACAGAUGGGCAAAAGCAGGAGCUUGCAGAGGUGCAUACGUGGAUCCGUACCCAGACUGUCCCGCUGCAAAUCAGCACCCAGGGCUGUGUUACAUGUGACAACAGGGAAGCAAGUUGUGAGGCUGUACUGGCUGAUGGCAAUAUGGAGAACAGGGGAAAACCACCUCCACUCCUGCAACACUGAGGGCAUCAGCACCUAUGUCAGUAAAACUGCUCGGUGUCAUUCCCAUUUUCUUUUCCUCUGGCUUUGCUCCAUGCUAGCAGUGAAUCUACAUGGCCAUCUCUUACCAACAUGAGCAGUCACACAUGAAACCUAAUCUUCCUCCAUUACCCUUCUGCUCCUGGCAUGACUCUGAAGACAAUCUUUCACUGGGAGAUAGAUUUCACUUUCUGACCUC